AUGUUUUUAACUGGAGAUAUUCAAAAGAGCUAGCAUAUUUCAGAAGAAUUAGAAUAACUGUAAGAAGAGGAAGGAUAAAAUAAUAAUGAUUCAGAUUUAGAUGAAUCUUUCUUAGAAUAACUUUCUUAAAACCAUCUAAGAGAGUAGAAUAAAGAAGAUACCAAAGAAAGAUAGACCUAAAAUUGUUAAAAUAUGGACAAUGUUAAAUAAAUUACAUAAAAUAAAAUAAAUCAGAAGAACUAAACUGCAGAUUCUUCAAGUUUUUUAGCUUUAACUUAAAUAAUAGGGAAAAAAAUAAGCUCUCUCUUUUCUUUUCCAUUUUUGUUUAAACUUAAGUAAAAGUUAGAUCUUAGGUUGGAAUCAAGCAUAUUUUAAAAAGAAUAUAGUAUUACUAUAAAGGGAUUUAUAAUUAGUUUAAUGCUGUUACUAAUUAGUUACUUAUAUUCACUUGGAAUUAAAAAAACAUUUAUAAUUCUUACUGUGUUGAUAAUAUCUUGUUUCUACAAAAAAGGAAUUUCACUUAAGUUGCUUAACUAUCUAAUAUCUAUCCUUCUAUUACCUUAAUAAGGAUAUUUGAAAUUGAGAGAUAGUAUUUUUUAAGUUUAUGAAAAUACUUAUCUUUAAUUUAAGAAAUCUCUAACUUUUAUCAGAGAGACAGAACUAUUACUAAAUAGAAUGAGAUUAGGUACUCCAUCAUAAAUUAUUUAAAAAUUUGAAAGAAUCGCUGAGACUCGAUAAAAUUAGUAGAUUGAUUAAAAAUAAUACUCUUAAAACUCUGAAUAAGAUAAUUUGAUUAAUGAUUCCUACAAAAAUUAAUUAGUCUAAUUUUAGUUUAGCUGUAUUAAUUUAAGGACAUAAACAGUAGAAUUGCUAAUUGAGGUGAUUAGUAGAUACAUAAGUUUUUUGAAGAUUAUAUAUUUUUUAAAGAAAAGUUAAUCUCUCAAAAUUAAAUGCUAAAUAUUUGAAAGUUAAAUACUAAAAAAGAGCAUUUAAAUAGAAAAUAUUUCUAAUUUAUGGAACACAUUUUGUGACAUUGUGGAAUAUUCUAAAAGUCAAUUCAACGAAGAAUUAUUUUGUUACUACCUAUUUAUUUUAAUUGGUUAAAUGAAGAAAAUUUAUGACAGCAAAAAUGCGUUAGAAAAAGGUUUUUAAUUUUUUUUAAAACAAGAAAUGCAAACAUUCUAAGAAAGUGAUGAAGUGAAAAAAAUCAAUUAAGAAAAAGAAGAGGUACAAUUACUUCCAGUUCUCAAAUAAAAAUACUCUAGAGAAUGUCAUAAGUAUAAGCUUACUCUUAAAGCUCUGGUUAACUGCACUAUAGAAAAUACUAAUUCUGAUCAAUUAUAAACAGAAUAAAUAUAAACAGAAAAUUGUAAUGAAUUUAAAAAAGAAAAUUUAAAAAGCUAAAAUCAAAAAUUCAUUUCUGAGAAAGCAAAUAACCAAAAAUAAAAUAAUCAUACAGUAUUUUUAUAGAAUGGUUAAGACUGGUUAAUUUAAUUAAGAGAUUAACUUAACUUAUAAAUGCAAAAUAUGAUUUAAAUAAAUGAUCAAAUAAAUCAAUAAUUAGAUUUCAAACUAGGUCUUGUGAACCAUAAGAACUAAUAAUAAUCUGAGAGCUGCACAAUAAAUGAAGGUUAUUAAAAUUAAGAAGUAAAAGAAAAUAUUUUUGAAAAUGUAAAUGAUCAAGAUAUACAAAAUGACUAAUCAAACACCAAAAAUAUCAUCAAAGUUUUUGAGGCUAACACAUUCAUUGAUGAUUAAUCUGAGAAUUAGUAGGAAGGAUUAUAUUUUGGAAAGAGCUUCAUUAGUAAUAAAAUUUAAAACUAAGUGGAUUUUUUAGGUGAAAUGAAAGAAUUUUUGUAAUAAAAGUAAAAAAAGCCAGUUAUUGAAUAAAAAAUAAUUCUAGAUUCAGAAGAGGAAAGGAUUAACUAUGAGAAAAAUAAGAUAAAUAUGCAAGAUAUUGCCUAAUAAAGAUAACUAUUUUAAUAGGCUAAUAAAAUUUCCUUACUUUCGGAACUUAAAUUUGUCAUGAAUAAAUGA